CCUCCUCUCCUUUUUGUUGAUUGAUGUAUCCCAUUCUUUGAGAGAGGAUGGUGGAUUUGGAGAGCGAAGUGCCCCCUCUGCCUCCCAGGUAUAGGUUUCGGGAUUUGCUGCUGGGGGAUCAAGGAUGGCAGAACGACGACAGGGUACAAGUUGAAUUCUAUAUGAAUGAAAACACAUUUAAAGAGAGACUAAAGUUAUUUUUUAUCAAAAAUCAGAGAUCAAGUCUAAGAAUACGUCUGUUCAAUUUUUCUCUCAAAUUAUUAAGCUGCUUAUUAUAUAUAAUCCGUGUACUACUAGAAAACCCUUCACAAGGAAAUGAAUGGUCUCAUAUCUUUUGGGUGAAUAGAAGUCUACCCUUAUGGGGCUUACAGGUUUCAGUGGCACUGAUAAGUCUGUUUGAAACAAUUCUACUUGGUUAUCUGAGUUAUAAGGGGAACAUCUGGGAACAGAUAUUACGAAUACUCAUCUUGGAAAUAAUUAAUUGCGUCCCUUUCAUUAUCUCAAUAUUCUGGCCUUCCUUAAGGAAUUUGUUUGUCCUGUCUUCUUAAUACUGUUGGCUUGCUAAAACAUGCUUGGAAAAUAUGAUUAAUGAUCUACAUAGAGCCAUUCAGCGUACACAGUCUGCAAUGUUUAACCAAGUUUUGAUUUUGAUAUCAACGUUACUAUGCCUUAUCUUCACCUGCAUUUGUGGAAUUCAACAUCUGGAACGGAUUGGAAAGAAGCUGAAUCUCUUUGACUCCCUUUAUUUCUGCAUUGUGACCUUUUCUACUGUGGGUUUUGGGGAUGUCACUCCUGAGACGUGGCCCUCUAAGCUUUUCGUAGUUGCUAUGAUUUGUGUUGCUCUUGUAGUUCUACCUAUACAGUUUGAACAGCUGGCCUAUUUAUGGAUGGAGAGACAGAAGUCAGGUGGAAAUUACAGUCGUCACAGAGCUCAAACUGAAAAACACGUUGUUCUCUGUGUCAGCUCAUUGAAAAUUGAUUUGCUUAUGGAUUUCUUAAAUGAAUUCUAUGCUCACCCAAGACUACAGGAUUAUUAUGUAGUGAUAUUAUGUCCAACGGAAAUGGAUGUGCAAGUUCGAAGGGUGCUACAGAUUCCAAUGUGGUCACAACGAGUUAUCUACCUUCAAGGCUCAGCUCUUAAAGAUCAGGAUCUGCUGAGAGCCAAGAUGGAUGAUGCUGAGGCCUGUUUCAUUUUGAGCAGUCGUUGUGAAGUUGAUAGAACAUCAUCUGACCAUCAAACAAUUUUGAGAGCCUGGGCAGUAAAAGAUUUUGCUCCAAAUUGCCCUUUGUAUGUCCAGAUCUUAAAGCCUGAAAAUAAAUUCCAUAUCAAAUUUGCUGAUCAUGUUGUUUGUGAAGAAGAGUUUAAAUAUGCCAUGUUAGCUUUAAACUGUAUAUGCCCCGCAACCUCUACACUUAUUACAUUACUGGUUCAUACAUCUAGAGGACAAGAAGGCCAACAAUCACCAGAACAAUGGCAGAAGACAUAUGGUAGAUGCUCUGGGAAUGAAGUAUAUCACAUUGUUUUGGAAGAAAGUACAUUUUUUGCUGAGUAUGAAGGGAAAAGUUUUACAUAUGCCUCAUUCCAUGCACACAAAAAGUUUGGUGUCUGCUUGAUUGGUGUUAGGAGGGAGGAUAAUAAAAACAUUUUACUGAAUCCAGGUCCUCGAUAUAUUAUGAAUGCUACAGAUAUAUGUUUUUAUAUUAAUAUUACCAAAGAAGAGAAUUCAGCAUUUAAAAAUCAAGACAUGCAGAAGAAAUGUAACAUGCCAAGGUCAUUUUAUCAUGGAGCUUCUAGAUUACCCGUGCACAGCAUCAUUGCCAGCAUGGGGACGGUAGCUAUUGACUUGCAAGAUACCAGCUGUAGGUCAACCAGUGGCCCCACUCUGGCUCUUCCUGUAGAAGGAAGCAAAGAAGUUAGAAGACCCAGCAUUGCUCCAGUUUUAGAGGUUGCAGAUACUUCAUCUAUUCAAACAUGUGAUCUUCUAAGUGAUCAAUCAGAAGAUGAGGCUACACCGGAUGAAGUAAUUUCCUCAAAUUUAGAAUAUGCUAAAGGAUACCCACCCUAUUCUCCAUAUAUAGGAAGUUCACCCACUUUUUGUCAUCUCCUUCAUGAAAAAGUGCCAUUUUGCUGCUUAAGGUUAGACAAGAGUUGCCAGCAUAACUACUAUGAGGAUGCAAAAGCUUAUGGAUUCAAAAAUAAGCUAAUUAUAGUUGCAGCUGAAACAGCUGGAAAUGGAUUGUAUAAUUUUAUUGUUCCUCUCAGGGCAUAUUAUAGACCAAAGAAAGAACUUAAUCCCAUAGUACUGCUGUUGGAUAAUCCGCCAGAUAUGCAUUUUCUGGAUGCAAUCUGUUGGUUUCCAAUGGUUUACUACAUGGUGGGCUCUAUUGACAAUCUAGAUGAUCUACUCAGGUGUGGAGUGACAUUUGCUGCCAACAUGGUGGUCGUGGACAAAGAGAGCACCAUGAGUGCCGAGGAAGACUACAUGGCAGAUGCCAAAACAAUUGUGAACGUGCAGACCCUUUUCAGGUUGUUUUCCAGUCUCAGUAUUAUCACAGAGCUCACUCACCCAGCCAACAUGAGAUUCAUGCAGUUCAGAGCCAAAGACUGUUACUCUCUUGCUCUUUCAAAACUGGAAAAGAAAGAACGAGAGCGAGGGUCUAACUUGGCCUUUAUGUUUCGACUGCCUUUUGCUGCUGGGAGGGUUUUUAGCAUCAGCAUGUUGGACACGCUUCUCUAUCAGUCAUUUGUGAAGGAUUAUAUGAUAUCUAUUACCAGACUUCUGCUGGGAUUGGAUACAACACCUGGAUCUGGGUUUCUUUGUUCCAUGAAAAUCACUGAGGAUGAUUUAUGGAUCAGAACAUAUGCCAGACUUUAUCAGAAGUUGUGUUCCUCAACUGGAGAUGUGCCCAUUGGAAUCUACAGGACUGAGUCUCAGAAACUUGCUACAUCUGAGUCUCAAAUAUCCAUCAGCGUAGAAGAGUGGGAAGACACCAAAGACUCCAAAGAACAAGGGCACCAUCGAAGUAACCACCGUAACUCCACGUCCAGCGACCAGUCAGACCAUCCCUUGCUGCGGAGAAAGAGCAUGCAGUGGGCCCGCAGACUGAGUCGGAAAGGUCCCAAACACUCUGGAAAAGCAGCUGAGAAAAUCACCCAGCAACGACUAAACCUCUACAGGAGGUCGGAGAGACAAGAGCUUGCUGAACUUGUGAAAAAUAGAAUGAAACACUUGGGUCUUUCUACCGUGGGCUACGAUGAAAUGAAUGAUCAACAAAGUACCCUCUCUUACAUUCUGAUUAACCCAUCUCCAGAUACCAGACUUGAGCUAAAUGAUGUUGUGUAUAUAAUUAGACCAGAUCCUUUGGCAUACCUUCCAAACCAUGAGCCCAGUAGGAAAAACAGCAUCUGCAAUGCCACUGUUCCAGAUUCUCGAGAGGAAACUCAACUUUGAUAUAAGAAAAUAAAACUAUGUUGUUUGAGAUCAUUUCAAAAAGUAGGCAAAGAAAGUAUUGCUGGCAUGACUAAAAUAGAUAAGAAUA